AUGAGUUGCCUCGUUUUCACCGUCAUCGCGUAUAUUGUCCUGGGGAAAGAGUCUGUAUCCCAGCCUCGAUCCAGCCUUGAGUCCAUCAGAUCAGCCGAAUCGUCUCCUGUUGGGCCUACAAAACCCAGGAUUUCCCGUAACUGCAACAAAUGGCAUACUGUCGAGGAGGGAGACACAUGCUCCAGAGUUGAAAGAGCCCAUGGAAUCUCACACAAUCAGUUCCUGGAGUGGAAUCCGUUAGUUCCAAAGGACUGUUCUCGGGAUUUCUGGUAUGGCUAUUCAUACUGCGUUGGAGUUGGGAGAAAUCCAGUCACAACUACAACGCCAGCAGAGACAAGCAUGGGGAGAAAGACCUUGAGCAAGGCUACCAGCCCAACAACAUAUUCGAUCAGAAAUCCAGUUACUUCGCAUAAGUUGACUUUUUCGCCGGUAGAAACAGCAUGGCCGCCUAAGAGGACACAGCCUGGGCAGCCUUCACACUGCAAUAAGUGGUAUCUAGUCAGGGCGGGAGAUACGUGCCGCACCAUCUGCACCCUUCAUGGGUCAACUAUGACACUUGAGGAGCUGCGGAUUAUCGGUACUGCACUGGAGCGUUCUCUCACAGAAAUUUGCCUCAGCCACCAACAGCAACCACUAGGCCUUCACCGGUUCAGAGCAGUGCAACUGGGUGAUACUUGCGACUCCAUUACUGCCAUGUCUGCGGCAUUCUCCAAGGGACUCCAUCAGCUCGGACCAGGCCUGUUACCACGAGUUCAACGCCCCCUAAUCCCACGUAGUCAGGAUUUCCCUCCAAUUGCAGAAGACGCUGGCUUAUUUCCAGCUAAAAAUUGCGAAACCCCUCUUAACGAUUUUGAUGGCUCAAUCUAA